CUAGUCAUGUAAAGACCUGUGUUCAAGGUGCUAUAAAGCGAUCGAUCGAGAGUGAUGCAUUUGUUUUCUUCUGUCUCGUUUCAGACACAAAGACCCGGUGGUCAGUCAAGCCAAAAUGUCGACCCGAGAGAAAAACAGCCAAGCUGAGGGGAACAUUAAGAUGUUCAUGCGUGGCCGACCGAUCACCAUGUUCAUCCCUUCAGAUGUGGACAACUACGAGGACGUCCGUACAGAACUUCCUUCAGAGAGACUCAAGCUAGAAUGGGUGUACGGUUACCGCGGCAGAGACUGCAGAGCAAACGUCUACCUCCUUCCAACAGGAGAGAUUGUUUACUUCAUUGCCUCCGUCGUAGUUCUCUUUAACUACGAAGAACGAACUCAGAGACAUUACCUCGGACACACCGACUGUGUCAAGUGUUUGGCCAUCCAUCCUGAUAAGAUCCGGAUGGCUACGGGACAGAUAGCAGGAGUGGACAAAGACGGACGGGCACUACAGCCUCACGUUCGGAUCUGGGACAGCGUCAGUCUGUCCACUCUGCAGGUCAUCGGUUUGGGAACAUUCGAGCGAGGCGUUGGCUCUCUGUCUUUUUCCAAAGCUGACUCUGGUCAGCACCUGAGCGUUAUUGACGACUGUAACGAUCACAUGCUGACAGUCUGGGAUUGGCAGAAGAAGUCAAAGAUCGCUGAGAUCAAGACCACUAACGAGGUGGUCCUGGCCGUGGAGUUCCACCCCACUGAUCCGAACACCAUCGUCACCUGUGGAAAGUCGCACAUCUUCUUCUGGACCUGGACGGGGAAUUCACUGGCUCGUAAACAGGGAAUCUUUGGGAAAUACGAGAAGCCGAAGUUCAUUCAGUGUCUGGCCUUCCUGAGUACUGGAGACAUACUUACCGGAGACUCUGGAGGAGUCCUGCUGGUCUGGACCAGGAGCUCCGCUGAGACCCCCACGGGGAAGGGACCCAGAG